GUACAGAAUCAUGCGGACGUGAUCGAAGCUGGGAGCUAAGCUACUGAAGUUUUGUAGUGUUAUGUAUUUAAUUGCUAUUGUUUUGACAUGUGAACAGAACCUUGACUUAAAAUGGCUGCAGUGUUUUUAGUUAUGUUAUAUGAAUAUUCUCCACUGUUCUACAUCAGCGUGAUAUCACUGUGUUUCAUCAUUACCGCCGCCAUGGUGUUGGGCUGGUUCGGUUUUGAUGUUCCCGUCAUUCUGCGAAGUUCUGACGAGGCAGAACCGUUUUCAACUGCACCAGAAAAGAGGAUGGUCCAGGUGACGAAUCCUUUUUCGCUGGAGUUGGGGACCACAACAGCCUUAGUUACUGAGGGCGUCACGCUGCGCCCAGAAUGCUUGGAAGAGUGCGUCCUGACCUGCUUCUGGGGCUGUGGCAUCCAGGCACUGCAGCUGGCAAUGCAGAGUCACCAGCAUGGGCCCAGGCUCACCACCCCACAGCUGCUCCAGGAGGCCCUUCACUUCCAGUACUACCACUGUCAGAGCUUCAUCAUAGACAAAGAGAACAAAGAUGAGCAGUUUACCCAGAUCCCUGCGGACCUGGGUAUUACAGACUUCGGGCCAAUGCCACGGGAACGCUACCCUCUGGUGGCUGUGUUGACUCUUGCAGAGCCUGAAGCCAGGGAGACUUACAACAUUGUUGCUAAUGUCACCGUAGUUCACGUUCCUGACGACAAGAACAGGCUCUCAGCGCGGGUCCUGUUUCAGUACCUCCUCACCGCACAAGGGAGCAUGUAUGAGUUGAAGCCUCUCUUCAUGUCAACCGAGAAUGAGGGGUCGUCCGAUGCAACUGACUCACCCUCCGGCGGAGGAGAAGGUUCCGAGGCACAGGCCCAGGGACCCGGAGAGGAAGCGGAGGAGGAUCCGGAGUUGGAAGACGAGUGGUUGGAGGUGCAAGGGAAGGACUGCGUGGUGUGCCAGAACGCACCCCUGAACCGCGUGCUGCUGCCCUGCCGUCACGCGUGUGUGUGCGACGGCUGCAUGCCCCGACUCCAGCACUGCCCCAUGUGCCGUGCUUUUGUCAUGGAGUCCUUCGUCUUGUCCCAGAGGCCACCAGCAGAGGAGGAAGAGGAGCAGGAAGAAUACAAUGAAGAAGUAGGAGAUGAGUGAUUUAGGUCUGACCUGGAGGUGAUGCCACCUCACUGUAGUCCCUGUGGGAUACUGAAGGAAUUCAGAUACUGGACAGCAAGAUUGAUUGUAUUUCAUCAAGGUUUGCAAAUAAGUUGUAGUCAAGAACUCUAUUUUAUAUAGUUCUAGAUCUUUUAUGUAGAUAUGGCAGGGGUUGUAAGGCAUGGUGUUAUUUCAGUGGAUUGCUUUGUUAUGCAUUUUUCUUGCAUUCCUUACCUAACCCUAGGUUUGAAGUAUUAGAGGACUAAAUCUCCUCCUUUUAUUUGUGCAAAUGUAGACGAUUCCUAUUUUCUUUUGGAAACAUGUCCUGUAACAUAUGUCAAUGUGUCCUAGGUCUAUUUAUUUGUCUACAAGCUGUGCCAUACAAUGAAGUGUAUAAUGAAAGUGCUAAAAUGAGUAAACAUUUACAGCAGA